UUUAUGGGGAGGACGAAGCUAGCUGUGGAAUAGCUAGUUACACGACGGACCCAAGUUCCUAAAUUUGGGACUGCUGUGCGACUCAAGAGUCCAUCUGUCCGAGGCCCUAAGAGGCCCCCAGUCUCACGAAGAUCCAUAAUGACUAUAGCGUCAGAUCCGAAGGACCCCAAUACAGCAAAACCCGCACAUUCUAGGUCUCCACCACCGACCGCUAAUCCAGAUCCUAACGCGCCGCCUAUCAAACGCCGUGCGCCCAUAGCCUGCCGAAGAUGUCGGCGAAUGCGAAGCAAAUGUAUUCAUGACAAGGCGCCACCUUGCAAGUCGUGUUUAGAGGCGAAUGUGCCGGACGAGUGCUCCUUUCCCUCCCGCGGCGAUUUAGACCAAGACCGGUCAUUUCGACAUCCAAGACAGAGAUCCGAUAGGAAAUUCAAAAGUGACGUCAGAGUAAAAAAAGAGUCACCCGCUUCUCCAGGCCAUAUACGCAAUUCUCUCUCUGACUGCAAGCUUUCUGAGUAUGAGAAUGAAUGGGAUCUGCUCCCGGCGGUUGAUAUCGUCGUCGACGGUAUCAAUAAUUUUACGAGGAACUUCUUCCAACUGGGUUUCAUCCCGAAAAAGAGGUUUCCAGCUCUUGUUAAAGAAAACCCUUCGUCCGUGAGCGUAUUUCUCUUGUUGAGCAUUCUUGCGAUUUCGGCUAGAUUCAAUGAGUCCUUGAUAGAAGCCUUUGGGGAUGGAAUCAAAGCGGCAACCGAGUUUAUGCGUAGGGCUCAGGGUCUUGCCGUCCAUGAGCUCUACCAGCAACCUACUCUUGAAAGAUGCCAAGCCUUUUACUUGUUGAGCAUUGCUGAGCAGGGGAGUGGUAAAUCAAACACAAGCUAUAUCAGCGCAGGCAUUUCCUUCAGAAUGGCUGCCUUAAUGCGGCUCCAUCGCGAAGAGGCGUACAGUCCCAUCACGUCGCAAUCGCCUAUAGAACAUCGGAUAUUGGCAGAGUCUGCUAGGCGCACGUUUUGGAUGCUACAUAGCCAAGACAAUCUUCACUCAGGCCCAUACAAGCCAUUAUCUCUCGCACCUGGAGAUAUCACUGCUCUCCUCCCGAGUGACGAAGAGGAGUUCGAGAAUGGCAAGAUCCCCGAACAGCGUGCAGCUCUCGAAGGGACACCACCGGCCAUUCAAAACCCGAGUCUCACGAUACUCAGGCCUAGAUCGUUAUUUGCAUCUUUGAUGCAGAUACACAAUCUAUGGGGGAUUAUCGCUCGGCGAGUUCUUUUCAACAAAAGAUGUGGGCGGCCUCACGAUAGCGGUAACGAAUUCGCUAAGUUGAAUCGGAGGCUCAUGGACUUUGAGCAAAACCUCCCAAAUGAUCACACUUUUGGUAAAGUCCUGUUGGGCGGCUACAGGGUUUACGGGGUGGAUUUGGCUUACCUUGGUCUCACAGGCUCUAUCCGGCUUUGCCACAUAGUUCUCCGUAAAGAAUACAUGGAAGAUAUGAUCCGCCAUGCUCAAGGAAAUCCAUCAAACCCCGAAGUCAAGUUCUAUAACAACAUGGCGGCAGAGUUAUUCUUCAACGUCAGGAAGCUAUACUCUCAAAUUGAUGCACAUUACGAAAAUGGUAUUGAAAUAGGAAGGGUCGGUUCUCAGAUGGCAGGUUUUAUUAUCUACGGUUGCGGCUUAUUGGCCUCCUACUUAUGCAAAUUUCCUCAACUGGAUGCCCAUCAUGCGGGACAAAACCUUGAGACUAUACAAGCUGAAGGCCGCGCUAUGUAUACUCGCAUCGUAAGCGUCUUGAGAGAAUGCCAAAAGGUAUGGCCUCUCGCUGAGACUUGGUGUAAUGGCCUAGAGAAGUGGUACGAGGAUCCAAAUCCCAAAAGGAUAUCGUUCCAGGCUGGCACAAUGACAGACGGGAAAGAACCACAACCACAUGUCCUUAACGUUUUACACCCUCCAACUACCACAACGUGUCUCCAGAAAUCCGAAUGCAUCAGCUUCGGCCCAUUACGUUCCACUCCCCCACGAGCGCAUACACACGUAGAGGAACGAAGCCAGCCUGACGUCGGGAAAGGACCAGAACCACACCGUCUGGCGCCGCUGCAGCAGACACAUCCCGGGCUACUCCAUCCCGUGUGUCUUCCUCCGCUCUCACAGACCCCGUACGGUGCACACCACCCACAACCGACACCCCCACCCCCGCAGCACUCUCCUCAACUUCCCCAUCCUCCACAAAUUCAAAGUUACGCGCAACAGCCAUAUGUGAAUACGAACACAAGCAGUUCCGGCCUCAAUAUCCUGGCCUCAUCUUCCCACCAGCCACCAGCGUCGGAUCCGUACCAACAACACCACACCCCGUACUAUCCCGAGUACCCAUCGCUCAACGAUGGGUUUGAUAAUAAUCUCCAGAUAAUGGUCAAUGGUGCUGAGGGACAAUGGUCCGGCACUGACGUUACAGGUGUGGCGUAUGGGGCGUUCGAUAUACCCAGCUAUCUGCCUCAUAGUUGAGAGGAAUACUACAAUCUGAACUUAUCAUACCACGGAUUUAUAACUGAACUGUCGGCAUUUUCGGACUGUGCUAUAUAUCU